CGAGGUGUCAAGCAGCGCAUUGGAAGAGCACACGCGCAUCUCACGAUGACCAGCAUACGCCCAGUAUUGCCGUAGUCUGCCCAGGUAGUAAAUAGUCAUAGACCAUAAGAAUCGAAGAAUAGCACCUACUUGCACUGUAAAAGACCUCAUGCCAAAUCCACCCUUCCCCAUAUCUGCAUCGAUAUCUGCGUCGCUGUCGAGGCACCUGCCGAAAUCGCGAACUGCCGCUACAACUGUUGCAGCGUCAUAUAGACCACCACAGCUUCCCCUCCCCACUUGUCCAUGCAACAUCACCACCUCUCUUCUUCCAUCUUUGAGCUCCCAGAGCAUCAGCACACAGACCAACAGUAAUCUCGGUAUACAAUCUACAGCCAGAAACACCGCCAGAAUGUCGACUAUGCCGGCUCAACACGGCCACAGCGAGGCCUGCUGCAACAUCCCACCAAUUGUCUCGAGCGGCUAUGACCCGAAAGGCAGUUAUGAAGAGCUAGGCGGAUACAAGUCAUACGUUACUGGACCCUCAGACGCAGCCAAGGGCGUUGUCACCAUCUACGAUAUCUUCGGAUACUACCCACAGACGCUGCAAGGCGCCGACAUCAUGGCUCUAUCCGGCACAACAAAGUACAAGGUCUUCAUUCCGGACUGGUUCAAGGGCGACCCAGCCGACCUGUCCUGGUUCCCACCGGACAAUGAAGAAAAGCAACAGAAACUCGGGGCUUUCUUCCAGAAGCACCCGCCCCCAAGCGUCGCGUCACGGGUGCCAGGAUACGUCAAGGCCUUGUCAGAGAAGUACCCCGAGAUCAAGGAGUGGGCAAUUCUAGGCUUCUGCUGGGGCGGCAAGGUGGUCUCUCUCGUGACUGCCUCUCCCGAAAAUCCCUUCAAGGCCGGCGUUGAGGCGCAUCCGGCAAUGGUCGACCCCAAGGACGCAGAGGGCAUCAAGAUUCCCUUAGCACUCCUCGCGUCAAAGGAUGAGAACCCUGAGGACGUGAAGAAGUUCGAGGCCAACUUGACUGGCCCCAAGCACGUCGAGACGUUCCCAGAUCAAAUCCACGGCUGGAUGGCUGCGCGCUCAGACCUUGACGACGAGCGGGUGAAGAGCGAAUAUAAGCGUGGCUACCAAGUUGUCCUUAACUUCCUUUCCCAGCACCUGUAAAUAAUUUCUUAUACCGCACACUAAGCAUUUAUGUCUAAGGCUCAGAGGCUGAGAUCAUAGUAAUACCUAUUCGAGUUGUGGUUUGGUGGGAGUUUUUGUUCUCUUGGAAUCUACGUACAUAAUCCAUUGAACAGACUGAUAAAAUGUACAAUGCCUUUCAAUCACGAGCUGGUAACGAACACGAAGUGAUUUUAGGGUAGAUGAGCACAAGCAUCUGGGGAAUAAGCUAAUACAGUUGUUUCCGCUUGAUAGUAUUUUUAUUUCGAGAACAGUAGCGCUUCACAGCCUCGUGAAUAGCCAC